UGCCUUCCGGGUUCGGCAGGAGGAGCGGGCUGCCGCCGCCGCCGCAGCAUGAGGCGGGUCACGCUGUUCGUUAACGGCAGCCCCCGGAACGGGAAGGUCGUGGCUGUGUAUGGGACGUUGUCAGAUUUGCUGUCUGUGGCUAGUAAUAAGCUCGGAAUAAAAGCAACCAGUGUUUACAAUGGAAAAGGUGGACUCAUUGAUGAUAUCGCUUUGAUUAGGGAUGAUGAUGUUUUGUUUGUCUGCGAAGGGGAACCAUUCAUUGAUCCUCAAACUGAUGGGAGACCUCAUGAAGAGCUAACGGGGUCACACACAGAUUGGUUAACACUCAAUGUUGGAGGCCGAUACUUCACCACUACACGGAGCACUUUGGUUAACAAAGAACCUGACAGUAUGUUGGCCCACAUGUUUAAAGAUAAAGAUGCUUGGGGAAAUAAGCAAGAUCAUAGAGGAGCAUUCCUAAUUGACCGCAGUCCAGAGUAUUUUGAGCCAAUUUUGAACUAUUUGCGUCACGGACAGCUCAUUGUAAAUGAUGGCAUUAAUUUGCUAGGUGUUUUGGAAGAAGCCAGGUUUUUUGGUAUCGAUUCACUAAUUGAACAUCUAGAAAUAGCUAUUAAGAACUCGCAGCCAGCUGAGGAUCAUUCUCCCAUAUCUCGAAAGGAGUUUGUCCGAUUCCUGCUGGCAACCCCAACCAAGUCUGAGCUGCGAUGUCAGGGUCUCAAUUUCAGUGGAGCAGAUCUUUCACGUCUGGAUCUUCGCUACAUAAACUUCAAGAUGGCUAACCUAAGCCGUUGCAACCUAGCGCACGCCAACCUGUGCUGCGCAAAUCUGGAAAGAGCUGACCUCUCUGGAUCCGUGCUUGAUUGUGCAAACCUUCAGGGGGUAAAGAUGCUGUGUUCCAACGCAGAAGGAGCAUCUCUGAAAGGGUGCAACUUUGAAGAUCCUUCAGGCCUUAAAGCUAAUUUGGAAGGUGCUAACCUGAAAGGUGUUGACAUGGAAGGCAGUCAGAUGACAGGAAUUAAUCUAAGAGUUGCAACGCUGAAAAAUGCAAAACUAAAAAACUGUAAUCUGAGAGGAGCAACGUUGGCGGGAACUGAUUUGGAAUCUUAGUGAGCUGUGGAUGAUCUAAGGAAUCAUUCUAGCCUCAGUUUGGAAGAAUUGCGAUCUAUCAGGUUGUGAUCUACAAGAAGCUAAUUUGAGGGGAUCUAAUGUGAAAGGAGCUAUCUUUGAAGAGAUGCUGACACCUUUGCACAUGUCUCAGAGCGUCAGAUAGGGAAGAGAAUAUGCCGAAGAGGAAGGAAUUAAAACAUUUCUUGUGACUUUCUUCACCUCCUCCCCUUAUUAAGUUAGAAGUACUGGUUAUUAGACAACUUACAUUUGUAGUAGUGCCUAAGUAAAUUCUUCUUUGGUCAGUUUUGGGGAGGGAGCUUUUGUUUAAGAGGCAGAAACAGACACUGUUUCUACCUUUGUGAGCAGAAUGAGGAAGUGGGCUGGUUCUACAACCAGAAUGUGUGGCUGGUUUUGCUGCAGGGAGGGUUAAAUAGAUUCAUCAUUUAGCAUUGCCUCACUUUGGAAUGCAUUUUAAUUUAUAAAGCACAAUAUAUGCAAUUCUAUUUAUUAAAUCUGUAGCUGCAAUAUGAAUAGAAAAAGUUAUUCAUGUAUAGUAGCAACAAAGUUCAGGUUUACAGUUAGACUAGUGUAUUUAUAGUUAGUCUCUUUGUUCAUGCACAGUGUAUUAAAUGACAGGUGUGGUUUAGACAAUGUCCACAGGAUGUUUUCAGGUACUUUUUUUUUUGUUGUUGUUCUGGGGUGAAAACAGCAGUCAGCUGUCGUCAUAGGUAAUAUAUUGCCUUGUAGUACUUGGAACACAGGUAGGGAACAGCUUUAUUAUCCUCUGACAUAUGCAGUGGAAGCUGCUUCCGCUGAAGGGAGCUGCCUACACAGCAGACUUACUUGUAACUUAAACAUCCCUGUUCAGAAAUUGGAUGUCAUCUUUAAUCCUUGCCAAAUUAGUAUGAGAUUGCACUAUCAAUCAAAGCUAGUAGGAAAAAUCCCUUUGCUUUCAGAUGUCCGAACUGCUCCAAACUUGGAGUAGCUGUAAUUUUUUUAUUAUUAUUAUUCGUUGUGGGGAAUUAAAUGUAUAUAGGAAAACACAGUACUGUCACCAAAGUAGAGAUGGGCAGUGGGGCCGCAGCACAUGCUCCACCCUCCUGUUAUUACUCCAGUAUAUGAAUAAACGGCACCUGUUUCCCCUCAAUGUACUAUGCAAAUACUCCUGGACACUGAAUCCUUGAAAGCAUGGGCAUAAUCCUUUUCCCAGCCCGCUCUCAGUAUUCCACUUAGCGCCUGCUAAAAGGGGCUGUAAAAGCAUCCCGCGUGGGGCAAAGUGCCCUUUCUGCAACUGCUUUACUUUGGAGAAAACGGGGAACUGUGUGACUUCUGCAGCGCAGAAAGCCGCGCAGCGUCUCUUCACGUGGGGGUGCGCUUCGUCGAUUAAGCUGUUUCCACUGUAGAAUCAAUCUAGUUCUCAUCUAACACAUUUGUUUUAUACGCAAUCAAAAAGCACAUGAAGAAACUAUACCAAAAAAAAAAAAGAAAAAAAGGUGCAUCGAGAACUCUUACCUCAGAGGCUUGCUUAAAACACCCCAAAGUUAAAACUAACCUUGAAUCUAAAGCAAUCCAGCUGUGACUGGAAGUUGUGAACCAAUGCAUCCUAAAACUUAGGGAAUGUGACGCUGUUAGCAGUAGUUUGAGUUCCACGGUCACUUCAGUGGGUUGUCUUUUUACUUGAGUGCAGAUUUGCUGUCCUCUGAACGGAAGCCUUGUCUCUAGUAGUUACAAAAAUGCUGCUUUGCCAUCAGUCUAGAAAGAGAUCAGUUCAGGAGCAGUAUAUGAUUUCUUUAUGGGGAACCGCAGGAUUCUCCCUUAUUUUCAAGUUGGGUUGACUCAGGCAUAUGACAUGAACUUGACUCACGAUCCCACGGUGGUUCAGAAUUGGGAUUUUAUUUCCUCCAGAUUCCCAGGCCUCUUGAUCUGGCUCUAGGACAACACUGUAUCCUCCGUGAAAUAUACCUGUAGAUUCAAGGGAAAUGUUUCAGCGUGAUUUUGGAGUCCUUUCUCCCAUUUCAUCGCUUUCAUUGAGAGUGAUGUGUAUGUUGCAGUAGAAGAUGAUUCCUAGGGCUAGAGAAAUAAAUGAAUUAUUUUUUUUUAUCAUGUUUUGUAGCUGGCAGAAGUAAAAUAUUGUAUGGAAAAAAUCUAUUUUCAUAAUCACUGUGUAUAAAAUAUAUUUGAACUUUCACUGAAGCACUAUGUUUUGAAUAAUCACAGCAUGUGGCAUCAUUCAUUCACAGCUGAACUUAAGGUACCUCUUUUGCUAUGACAAAGUUGUACGAAUAGCCCAAAGUGGCCUAUUCAGAAGUUGCAGGUUCCAGCCUGAUUUAAAUUACAUUAAUAAAAGUGUGUAAUAUGAAA